CUUCGUUUCUGCACUCACCGACAUCCUCUCUGUCCAUUUUCUUCGUCUUCUUCUCCCGCUUAGGUUUCAUUGAAUCCUACUCAUUACCAUCAUGUCGGACAUCGAGGAUGAAAUGGACAUUGAUGCACCUGCUGCAGACAACUCGAUCAGCUUUGGUGGAGAUACAAAGAAAGGCAAGAGUAGUGCAGCCAAUCUCCCGGUCGAAGCCGAGGACUCUUUGCCAUGGGUCGAGAAGUAUCGGCCAAAUUCACUCGCAGACGUCGAGGGGCACCAAGACAUUAUAGCCACAAUCAACAAAUUCGUCGACUCGAACCGACUGCCACAUCUUCUUCUCUACGGACCACCGGGAACGGGCAAAACAUCGACUGUACUCGCCCUAGCACGACGCAUAUAUGGCAACAAGAAUAUGAGGCAGAUGGUACUGGAACUCAACGCAUCAGAUGACAGAGGCAUCGACGUUGUACGAGAGCAGAUCAAAACCUUCAGUAGUACGAAACAGAUCUUCUCGGCCGCGCCAAAGUCAGGGGAUGCAUCGCUUGCGACAUUCAAGCUCAUUAUCCUAGACGAGGCAGAUGCCAUGACUUCGACCGCGCAGAUGGCCCUGCGUCGAAUCAUGGAGAAGUACACGGCCAACACACGGUUCUGCAUCAUCGCGAACUACACACACAAGCUUUCGCCGGCACUUCUCUCCCGAUGUACCCGCUUCCGCUUUUCACCACUGAAGGAGCGAGACAUCCGAAAUUUGGUAGACAAGGUUGUCGAAGACGAGAAGGUCAACAUCACACAAGACGCUACAGAGUCGCUAGUGGCGCUCAGCAAGGGCGACAUGAGACGAGCGCUCAACGUUCUGCAAGCAUGCCAUGCCUCUAGCACACCACUGCAGCCUCCUGGAAAGCCCGCAGCCGAUCCGAGCGCCAUUGUGCGAGACCAGAUCACGCAGACCACUAUCUACGACUGCAUUGCAGCACCGCACCCCUCAGACAUCAAGUUCAUCCUGGACACACUGCUGUCGACGAACGAAAUGACCCAGUGUUUGCGCACAGUCAACAACCUGAAGACCCGGAAGGGGUUGGCGCUUGCAGACAUCCUCACUACCGUAAGCGAGGAGCUGGUCAAGAACGAUGUUCCUCCUCAAGUUAUGGUAACAUGGAUGUCGGGUAUGGCAGACAUUGAGUACAGGCUCAGCGGAGGAGGCAGCGAAGCAAUACAGACAGGAGCUGCCAUUGGUGUGGUACGGACCGGCGUAGAGCUAAUGGAGAAUGGCAAGAAGUGAGCAGGUGCUGAUAUCUGGGCGAACGGCGUUCAAGAAGGAUUUGGCGGGUCGAAGUCCGCAAGAUGAUACCACAGCGAUACUUAAACCAUCACGGGGCAGCAUGAAAGCGCGAUUCACAAGGAACGCAAUGCUUCCUUUCUCAUCAUUCGUUCUCUCGCCUAGCAGGAGGGGCUACGAGCAAGUCGCGUCCAACCACGAAUUGUUGCUAACAUGUCUUGGAAACGCACAGCGGUGGGGCAGAGAGUUCUGUAGGCGCCAACGGUCUCCUCUGUUGUUGUUGUUGUUGUAAACAAGAAGCAGAUCAUGAGACGCGACAACACGAAAAUCCCACGCUACUCUGAAACGCGCACCCCCACAUUUACCAGCCAUCGAUCCCCACCAACAUGACACCCAAGGUACUUGAACAGCCAUGAUGACACCAGUGAAGCAGAAAAGGAAAGCAGACG